CCAUGUGCCAUCCUUUGGACUGACAUUGACGUUCAGGACAAACCAAACCUGUUGUCGGGAUACAUUUGAAGAAACUAUAGUGGCGUUAUUGGAGGAUAAUUGGUCGAUGGAGUAUAAUGGUUCGGAGUUUCAGUUUACGCCGUCUAAGGAUAAUUUUUAUACUUAUUCAAAGAGACAGUUAUACAAGAUGCAUCCUCCCUACACCAAUCCACAGAAAGCCGAGAUGUUUGACAUCCUUCCGUUGGAGUAUGUUGAAACGCCCGAAGAUUAUGUUUACUAUCCCUCUGUUUUGCCACAUUGUUCGUAUGUGAACCUCUCUGUGAAUGAAUUUAACUGGAACACUGAUGCGUCUAUCACUCUUCAGUAUGUGGGUAUAACAAUACAGUUCGAUAAAUUCAUUAAAAUGGACGAACAAAAUAUAAUUAUAUGCGUGGACACGAUGAAAGAGUUGUAUUCAAACUACCAAGAUCCAGUCAAACUGGCUGAACAUAUUUUAUCACUAGUCUUCUCCAUUCUGUCCUUAAUCUGUUUGGCCUUGACCUUCAUCACCUACUGCACAUUCCCUUCCCUUCUCACUCUGCCCACGAAGAAUACGAUGUGUCUGGUCGGGUUUCUAUUCUUGGCUCAGUUGCUGCUUCUGUUAAAGGAUGUUGCCAUCCGGAAUGAAACUGCUUGCAAAAUAAUUGGAGUUUUCAUACAUUACUUGUGGCUCACAGUUAUAUUGUGGAUGAACGUCUGUUCCUAUCACAUGUUCCACGUCUUCGUAGUCGAUUCUGCAAAACCGAUCGGUACCCAAAGUCAUCGUAGUCGUCUUCUGAAAUACUCCCUCUAUGCCAAUGGAUUGUCUCUGAUCAUUGUUCUCAUUACCAUAUUUUCAAAUCUCGGCGUUUCGUCGGGAAGCCAUAUCGGCUAUGGUGUAACCACGUGCUACCUGAAUACGUCACUUCUUGUUGGUGUUGCUCUUGUGGCUCCUCUAGGCGUCGUACUCAUCUUGAACAUCAUUUUCUUCAGCGUCAGUGUGUGGACGAUGGCCAAGAUCAACAAAAUGAGCGCAAGUAUUGGGGCUGAGAAGAGUCAGGUACACAUUUACAUUAAAUUAUCCACACUGACAGGGAUCUUUUGGAUCCUGGCAAUCCUCGGUGAUGUUCUCCAGCAGCAAGUCCUCAUCUUCAUCUCCAUCGUCCUGAACGCCAGUCAAGGGACCUUCAUCUUCAUCUCCUAUGUUGCAAAUAAAAGGGUUCUUCAACUUUGGAGAGACAAAAUUAACAAAUACAUACCAACUGCCGACAGUCAAUCUCCUGAUCAAACCAGGAGUACUCAUUUUUGAACAACAAGGCGAAAUGUUCUUUAUUGCAACUGAUUGAGAAUGUAUGUAUAUAUUACAUUGUAGUGAUGUGGUAUUUCAAACUUUCUGGAAUGAAGGAAAACCUGAAGAAGCAUCCGAAUAGAGAUUAAAUUAAUUCAAGAGGACAUGUUGAAACAUGGUGUUACAAUCCAAACUUGGCUAAUGACAUGAACAGAACCUUCUGAAACACGGGUAUAGGAAUUGAGUUCAUAAAAUACGUGGUUCGUUAUACCCGAUCUCGUAUCGUGACAUUGACAUUCGUAGUGCAUAUCCUUGCGUCAUCAGUUUUCGCUCGGAUAAGACACAUGUGCUCAUAAAAUACAAACGCAUAUUAGAACAGUUA